CUGCGGCUGGCUUCGCUAAUCCUUGACGGCUGUCGCGGCUGCUCGUCUGCUUGCUGAGUGCUGUUGCUCUCGUGCACCCUCGGCUGCGCUCAGGGGGCAGAGCGCAAGUUUGGCGGCGGCAAGUGGCGCUGGCGGUGACGCGCAGAGUGCCUUGGAGCGAGCGUUGGGACACGGCGGGCGUUCGGGCAGGCCAGCAGCGACUUUGAGAAUGCGAGAGGGUGUGGUAGGAAGCCGAAGAGAAGGGCAUGCUUCUUCGCCUCGAGGCAGGCUGGCAGCCAUGGCAAGCCAGGCGCAGGCGAAGCGGACGCAUUUCGGUUGGCGCGAGGGCCACAGCGGGAGCAUCGGGCCAGGCCGACGCGUGUGUGCCUCUCGGUGCUUUCUGUUUGCGCCCAGCAGCGCGGCAGGGCUGCGGAUCGUCGAUCAAGGCAGGCCUCGUGCCAUGUGCCUGCUCGUCGUCGCGGCAAGCAAGCGAAGGCCACCCACAAGACCUGCACAGCCAGCCGCAGACGAGGCAGCGGCAGCGAGAGAGCUCGCACGUCCCACGGCACGAGCGCAGCGCAGCAAGAGUCUGAGCUGCGAGCCUGAUGCUGCUCCACCUUCGCGACAACGCUUGCCUAGCGUGCUUUUUGGGCUCGACGCGUACGUCUCGCCUCGUGAGGCGGGCGAAUCGCCAUGCAGACGCCGUGAGAGAGGAGGGGCGCUUGCUGGACGCCCGCGACGGCAGGCCGCAGCUGCAGCGCCCUCCUCAAGCAGCAUGCAUCACCAUCCUCAUGCCGGCGGCAGAGCAGCGCUCCGCAGACGCAGCGUCGAUCUCCCACGGGCGCCGCGCGCGCGCGAAGCGCAAGGGAGCGCGCGCUGCAGAGGUGCGUCUCGCUGCUGCGUGCUGCCGUCGUGAGGCAUGCGUCGAGCACACCGAGUGCACCACCUCGACGGU